AUGGCUCAGGACAACGCAGACAACCCCCCGCCGCGGGGCUUGUCUUCAUUCGCCAACCUGCUCGGUUCCAAUGCCGGCACCAUCUCCAGCGCGCCCGUCAUGUACAAUCAGCAGCCCGGCGCCGACGACCAGCAGCAGGACGCCACGCCCGCUAAGAAGCAACAGAUCAACUCAGCAGCGCUCCGCUUCCAGCCUACAAAGCGCCCGCAGAUCCAGUCGCAAAAGAAGACCAAGCCUGCCUUCCCCAAGCCUGCCACCCCAGCCCAGAGCUCGAGCUCUCCCGACCCGCAGGCCGUAGCAGCCAAGUCUACAGCAGCGCCCGGCAUCGUUGCGCUGGCUGCAAACCCGCCCUCCAAAGCCUCGCUGGCCGACUUCAUUGGCGAUGACGACGACAACGGCUUCUACGCCGCCUCGCAGCCCAGGGAGCGCGGCGGCCGUAAGAACAAGAAGAAAAAGAAGAAGAACUACGAGGCGCAGGAACAGAACUGGGACGACAUCUACGACCCGUCGCGCCCCAAUGACUACAACCAGUACAAGGGCAGCGAGGAGCAGAUGCGCGAGAUCGCAGAGUGGAAAGACCUGCUCUAUCGCCACAAGUCUCUUAGGGAGCUUUCCAACGAGAACCCUGAGAGUGACGAUGAGGACUACCAGCGCUCGCGCGUGAAGCGUAGGCUGCCCCCAAGCCUGAGACUGUAUAAACGCCUGGCUGACACCAUCCUAGCUCAAUUUGCCCCGCCUAAGAGUUACAACUUUGCUCCACCUUCCAAUCUCAAUACACCCACACCUCCUGCUCCUGCAGUUCCCGCUGAAGUACCUGACGACCCGACCGGCGAAGAUGCAUACGCCCGCCGCAUGCGCUUGAGCGGCUUGGACGCUCCAAAUCCGCCGCCUCCGCCUGAGGAGCAUGCUGGUCCGCCGCCACCACCUCCUGCAGAAGCGCCACCUCCGCCUCCGCCUGCUGGGACCAUCUCUCGUGCAGCUGUGCGCUACAAUGUCCCGCCACCCGAGCAGUUGUCAGAGGAACUUUCCGGGGAGAUCGCCGCUGAGGAAGAAGUAGCAGUGGGCAAGGACGCGGAGGAUGCACCGCGCUCGAGAACGCCAGGUCAGAAGGGCUUCGCUCAGCGCAUGAUGGAGAAGUAUGGCUGGGAGAAGGGUAAGGGUCUCGGUGCUAACGAGAACGGUAUUAUCACGCCCCUCCGGGCGCAGACAGAGAAACGCCUGAGGCUGUCCGAUGCUCAAGGCGGUGGCUGGGCAGGCCCUGCUGGCAUGGGCAAGAUCACCGGUGGUAAGAAGGCGAAGAGCAGCGAGGAGGAGGGCAAGCACGGAAAGAUGAGUGCUGUUAUCGUCAUGACCAACAUGCUAGUGGGCUUGGACGUGCAGCAGGAGCUCGAUGAGGGUAACCUGGUGCAAGAGAUUGGCGAUGAGCUUGACAAGGCAGGUGGCCGAGUUGAACGCGUCUUCGUUGAUCGAUACGCCUCGGGCGACGAUAUUCCGGUAUUUGCGAAGUUCACGAAUGAGUUGUCGGCAUUGCGCGCCGUCAACGCAAUGGACGGCCAGCCGGAAGCUUUCGAUCCGGAUCGGGACGAUUGGAUGCAGGGCCAUGUCACGAAGCUCUGCGGUCCCGAGCCAUUGACCAAGUAUGUCGUCGCCGGCGUCGUUGCGCUGCAAGUAACCUGCGCCUACCUCCUCCGCAACACGCCCAUCCUGUCCUGGCCCUUCUUCCUUACCGCCUACAUUAUCGGAGCCACGGCAAACCAGAACAUUUUCCUCGCCAUCCAUGAGAUCUCGCAUAACCUGGCCUUCCGGUCGCCCUUGGCGAACCGCGUCUUCGCCUGCUUCGCGAACUUGCCCAUAGGCAUUCCGUACAGUGCUUCGUUCCGGCCCUACCACCUCACGCACCACAAAUCGCUCGGCGUCGAUGGGCUGGACACGGACCUGCCGACAGCCUUUGAGGCCGUUGUGCUCGACUCGGUGCUUGGAAAGGCCUUCUUCGCGACCUUCCAGAUCUUCUUCUACGCGCUGCGGCCCAUGUUCGUCUACCAGCUGCCCAUCUCCAAGAUCCACCUCUUCAACAUCGCCUUCCAGCUCGCCUUCGACUACGCCCUCGUCACCAUGGCCGGCUGGCACGCCUUCGUCUACCUGCUCGCGUCCUCCUUCCUCGCGGGCUCGCUGCACCCCUGCGCCGGCCACUUCAUCGCCGAGCACUACGUCUUCGAGGGCAACAAGGACAAGCCGUCGGCCGGAGCCCAUGGCCCUGCGAACAGCCUCGCGUGCCCCCCGCCCGAAACCUACUCGUACUACGGCCCGCUCAACUUCUUCACCUACAACGUCGGCCUGCACAACGAGCACCACGACUUCCCCGCCGUGCCAUGGAGCCGCCUGUGGGAGCUGAACCGCAUCGCCAAGGAGUUCUACGACCCCCUCCCCCAGCACCGCAGCUGGGUUGGCGUCAUCUGGCAGUUCAUCUGGGACAAGGACGUUGGCAUGUGGUGCCGUGUCAAGAGGGCUGAGGGUGGUAGGAAGGUCGGCGGUGGAAAUGGACCGGCCGCCAAGGUCAGCGUCUCGGCUGGCUGGAAGGAGGAAGAGCUGGGUGCGAACGAGGCAUCUUCGAUUCCCGGGGUGAAAUAA